AUGGAGAGGGUUAUCGUCACAGAGGGCCUUCGUCCACUCCUUUCUAAUCUCCAAGCCCGGCCCUUCCACCCCGUCCACGCUAUCAGAAGUCGCCUAUCCGCCGCCGUCUGUCUCCCUUCCCUUGGCCUCGGAGCUCGACCCCCGACCUCCUCCUUCUACGGCUUCAGCUCCGAGAAUAAGAAGCCAUCGUUUCCGGGUUGGGGGACCGCCGAUGAGCACGAAAGGCGGCUCCUUCACGCACGGCUCUGCAGAAAACAGAGGAAAGCUCCGUUUUUUAGCGCUGGCGCGGCGAUCUCGGCUGGCGGAGACGGCGUUAUCGACGAUAAAGAGAAGCCCAAGUUCUUAGGCGUCGAGUUAGUGACGCUUAAGAAGAUAAUUCCCCUCGGGAUGAUGUUCUUCUGCAUUAUCUUCAACUACACGUUCCUGCGCGACACCAAGGACGUCCUGGUGGUGACGGCCAACGGGAGCGGCGCGGAGAUCAUACCCUUCCUGAAGACGUGGGUGAACCUGCCCAGGGCGGUGGGCUUCAUGCUUCUGUACACCAAGCUCGCCAACGUGCUGUCAAAGGAGGCUCUUUUCUACACGGUUAUCGUCCCUUUCAUUGCCUUCAGGUUCGUCUUGUAUCCCCUCAUCAGCGUCAUCCACCCCACAGCGCUCGCGGAUAAGCUUCCGGCGGCGCUCGGUCCGAGCUUCCUCGGCCCCGUUGCUAUCUUGAGGAGUUGGAGCUUCUGCCUUUUCUAUGCGAUGGCAGAGCUCUGGGGUAGAGUUGUCAUUUGGGUUCUCUUCUGGGAGUUUGCCAAUCAGUUUUACCCUUCCAUCUUUUGA